AGCUACAUUAACUUAGCCGUUGUCGUUAAGAAGUCAGUUCAGAUGGCUGCUAAGAGCCUCUAAGCAUCUGAACUGAAUGUUUCUCUGACAUGUAGUUCUGAAAAUGUUUCUAUGUGAACUGUACCAGGUUUAUAACGUUAUCUCCCUAUUAGCAAUAAGGGCUAGAUGUUAGCACCAAAAACACUUUCUGCAGAAGCAGGACGAGACGGGAGAGAAAGGUAAACAGUGAUAGGUCUAUAUCCAGAUCGUUUAUGAACGUGUUAGUUUGUUCCAUAUGGCACAGCAGACAUCAGCAGGGCGGCGCUACAUGCGGGCGUUCAUAAGUGGAUUCUUUGUUGCUGUUCCCGUCUCAGUUACCGUCCUUGAUAAACUCGCUUAUGUGGCUCGAGUUGAAGGAGCGUCAAUGCAGCCGUUCCUUAACCCAGAGGUGGGAGCGCAAUGUGAUGUUGUCCUGCUGAAUCGCUGGAGUGUGAGAAACUACCAAGUUCAAAGAGGGGACAUUGUCUCAGUUGUGUCCCCUAGAAAUCCCAAGCAGAAAAUCAUCAAGCGUGUUAUUGGCGUAGAGGGAGACUUCAUCAGGACACUGGGCUACAAGAACCGAUAUGUUCGGGUCCCUGACGGUCAUUUCUGGAUUGAGGGGGAUCAUCAUGGACACAGUCUGGACAGCAACAGCUUUGGACCGGUGUCAGUGGGGCUCUUGCAUGGCAGGGCCUCCCACAUCAUCUGGCCACCAAAACGUUGGCAACGCAUUAAGUCAUCUCUACCUCAAAAUAGAGACCCACUAGAUGCUGGAGAGGAAGAUAAAUAAAAAUAAAAUCUAAUAGUUUUUUUAUAAACAAUUUUUUUAACCAAACAUUGUACCAACCUCUGUUUUCUCGAAUAUGUGAUUAUUUGUGUGUUAUAAUGUGGUGUUGUUUGUGAUAAGUGACUGGAAUAUUUUAAUGCUCUCACAUAAAUGUUAAUGGAUUGCA